GCCGCUCUAUUGAUGCAAUCAAUCUUCAUUCGUGUGUGCAUCGUCUUGACACAUACCGAUCAUACCGAUUACACGUACACACACAGAAAAAUACUUGCAAUACCCCCCCACACCCACACACGCUUCAUGCAUCUCUCGGCAGUCCGUCUACACCCUGGGCGCCCGACUCACUGCCAUCCUUCUCGCUCUCGGCUUGUCUUUCUAAGGCUAAACCAAAAGCGAUCAACCAAUGACCAGCCACCCGUCGACCACCCGAUGUGCUAACUGUUCAGCUCCUUCUGUCAUCCAUCCACACCCUCAACACCCAUCGCGUAGCCAUCCCUGUACCCGGCAAGCCACCCUUCCACAUAUGCGUCGAACAGCGCCUCAUCGGCUUUGGCAGCCUCCAUGUUCUCCUCCUCCGUCUUGUCGCUGUCCUCGACGAAUUCGUACCUCACCAGCCUGACGGAUGGAUGGAUGGAUGGAUGGAUGGAGGGAGGGAGGGAUGGACAGGCAAACAAGUGACAGAGUGUCGCUGUGUGACUUACGUGAACUUGAACUCGUCGUCUCCUAUGGGCUCGACAAGAACGGAGGCCGACGGACUCAACGAAGAUUGGCUGCUCGGGGGAUACGACGCACACAUGAUACCGUAGGCUCAUGCUGUGUGUGUGUGCCUCUAGCCACUCACCACGGUUCGCGGGUCACCAUCGGCUCCUGAUGCUGCUGCUGCUGCUGCCCCUCACAAACACUGUCCUCCUUGCUGCAUGAGAGAUGCCAUGCGCACAUAAGAUAUGCAACACCCCAGACACACACCGCAGUGCCCUCUUACACGUCGUGCGGUCCCUCCUGGUUGCUGCGCUGCUGCUGCUGCUCCUCCUGCUGCUGCUCCUCUCGCCUGGCCUUCCUCCGUUUCUUGAGUUGAGCUCCGCUCGGCCUCUCCUUGCGCUUCUUGGCCUGGGGCUCCUCAGUGACAGCCGCCACCUCAUCAGCUAUCUCACCCUCCUCCAUCGACGCUGGGAUCUCCACCUCUGAGGUGGCCAUCUCUGCUGACUGUGAGACCCGGCCGAGAGUGCGAACAGAUCGAUGGCUGGAAGAGUGAGUUCCCGUGGGGCCAUCUCUGCAGGGCACGUGACUG